AGGCUACAGAAUAACGUCCACGUUUUGCUCCAGAUGAUACCAUCCUCCCAGGGGGAAGGCAAUGGCUGCAAUGGAGCUGGCUCAGGAUCCAGUGACUUUCGAGGAGGUGGCUGUGUAUUUCACUAGGGAGGAAUGGGCUCUUCUGGAUCCUGUUGAGAGAGCCCUCUUCAGGGAUGUCAUGCAGGAGAACUAUGAGACGGUGACCUCGCUGGGCUACAGAUUAACGUCCACGUUUUGCUCCAGAUCAUCCCAUCCUCCCAGGGGGAAGGCAAUGGCUGCAAUGGAGCUGGUUCAGGGGCCGGUGACUUUCGAGGAGGUGGCUGUGUAUUUCACUAGGGAGGAAUGGGCUCUUCUGGACCCUGUUGAGAGAGCCCUCUACAGGGAUGUCAUGCAGGAGAACUAUGAGACGGUGACCUCGCUGGUAGGGUUUCCAGUUUCCAAACCUGAUGUGAUCUCCCAGGUGGAACGAGGGGAAGAGCCGUGGGUUCCAGACCUCCAGGGCUCUGAGAAAGAAGUGCUUCCAAGAGCUGCCUGCACAGGUAGUGACCUGUGUCUGGAUUCUCUCUGUCUCCCAUCAGGUGAUGGGAUGGUGAGUGAGAAUGAGGAGGAGAAACCCCAUCAGGAAGAUGCUGAGCGAAGAGAAGCACAUGGAAUGUUAUCAGGAAGAUCCAAAGAGAAUGUUUCCAGGAGUUGUGCACUCCCAGAAAAACCAAAAGCCUGUGAGACUCAGGGGAGACCAGAGGGAAACAUUAUUAGCCUCUCAGACAUUAUAACAAGCAGCAGAAUCAACUUGGAAGAGACACGCUACAUGUGCCAUGAGUGUGGGAAAAGCUUCAAUUGGAGCUCUACCCUUGUCAGACAUCGUAGAAUCCACACAGGAGAGACGCCUUAUACGUGUACUGAGUGUGGGAGAAACUUCAGUCAGAGCUCACACCUUAUCCGACAUCAGAGAAUCCACACAGGAGAGACGCCGUACAUGUGCUCUGAGUGUGGGAAAAGCUUCAGUCAGAGCUCUACCCUGAACACACAUCGUAGAAUCCACACAGGAGAGACGCCUUACACGUGCACUGAGUGUGGCAGAAGCUUUAGUUGGUGCUCUGUCCUUAUUGUACAUCGUAGAAUCCACACCAGAGAGACGCCGUACACAUGCUCUGAGUGCGGGAAAAGCUUCAGUCAGUGCUCAACCCUUAUCAAACAUCGUAGAAUCCACACAGGAGAGAAGCCCUACUCAUGCUCAGAGUGCGGGAAAAGCUUUAGUCGGAGCUCACUCCUUAUCAGACAUCAGAUAAUCCACACGGGAGAGACGCCUUACACAUGCACUGAGUGUGGGAAAAGCUUCAAUCGGAGCUCUACCCUGAACACACAUCGUAGAAUCCACACAAGAGAGACGCCCUACACAUGCUUUGAGUGCGGGCAAAGCUUCAAUCAAGGGCACCACCUUUCUGUUCAUCUGAGAAUCCACACAGGGGAGAGGCCCUACGAAUGCCAUGAGUGUGGCAAAACCUUCAAUCGCAGCUCAAACCUUUCUAAGCAUCGGAGAAUCCACGCAGGGGACAGGCCCUACAAAUGCAGUAAUUGUGGGAAAACCUUCACUCACAGAUCAGCCCUUUCUGUGCAUCAGAGAAUCUACACAGGUGAGAGGCCCUAUGAAUGCAGUGAGUGUGGGAAAACCUUCAACCACAGCUCAAACCUUAUUACCCAUCAAAGAAUUCACACAAGGGAGAGGCCGUAUAAAUGCUGUGAGUGUGGAAAAUGCUUCAUUAAGAGUUCAGCCCUUUCUGAGCAUCAGAGAAUCCACACAGGGGAGAGGCCCUAUGAAUGCAGUGAGUGCGGGAAAACCUUCUCUUGGCACUCAGCCCAUGUUAGCCAACAGUGAAUCUGCAAAGGAGAUCAACAUUGUAAAAAUCUCUAGGGCUAUCAAGACUUUCUUUUCUUUAAUACUUUUCCUGAUUCCCACAUAGUAACUUUUAAAGCUCUUUGAACUGUUUGCAGCACCGUUAUCCCUCAGCUUGUCCAGAUGAGUGGCCCAUUUUUGCCUUUUGCAGUUCGCCCUCUUUUGAGAUGGACCUAUUUGUCCUUUCUAUUGUCCCACAAGUAAUUUGACUGUGCCCUUCCUAUGAGGAACCAGGGAGCGUUACAUUUAUACCAUUCCUCCUAUUGCAAAGUUAUUGUUAGAGUCACCAGUGAUACAGAUUGUAUCAUUGACAGUUGUUCUCACGUUGCUCUGGGUUGUGCUGAAGAGCAAUUAUAUUGGGAAUUUUUCAAAUUAGAUGUAAAUGAAGAGGAGCUGGGGCAGGAAAAAAGUGUCAUUUCAGCUUCCGUGACAGUGGAAGGAGAUGGGGUGACUCAAAGAUUCCCUCCUUCCCCUUCAGUGCAGAACUGUUAUCUUUUGCCUGAGCCAUGCAGUGUUUAUGUUCAUCGCUUUCUAUCCAUCCACUUCUCAAAGUGUCAUGUGAUGAAGCAUUCUCUGUUGUCUGUGCUUGCAGAUGAUGUUUUUACUACUUUAAUCCUAUAUCAGAGUCGCUGUGACUGGAGAUGAGUGUCAAAAGUCCUGGGAGGGGAAUUCAAAUGGAUCCCAAAUAGAGUGUGAUCAUUUAGAGUUUAAAUCUCAGGUUCCAUUUAUUGUAAAGCCAUUUCUGGCAAGAGGGGUGUUUUUCCCUCAUUAUGGGGAUGCUACGAUACUAAACAUUUUGUAAAUAACAUAACUGACUAUGGAGACAGGGAUGAGGGAAGCAGGUUUGAAUGGAUCAGAGGACAAUGUGGUGGGAGAAUCUCUUGUCCCGGUUCUGAAUAAUCAGAUGUAACCUGCCCUGGAAUUUCACUUGAUGCUUUCUUUGUAAUGUAUUCUCUCCCUGUGAUGUGGGUUUCUAUCUUUCCUGAAGGCUGUGUUUGGUCACCCAAUUGGAUAUUAGUUCAGUUUGAUAGGAUGUAGCUCAGGUUUAUUGAAGAAUUUAAGACAAUGACCCUCUGCUAAAGUCCUCAUUUAUGAUUUCAGCUUUGCUUUUUCCCCAUCCCUCCAUGAUGACAUGGAGAAAGUUGAAGUGCAGUUCUAUCAACAGGAGAGAACUGUCUAAUUUACUGGACAGGCUAACAAAGAAACAGCAGUGAUUUAAAAUCUCCACUCAGAAAUGGUGAACAACAGCACAACCCUAGCUAACUGAAGGAAGUGCAUAUGAUCACAGUAUAUUUCAGUUGUUUAAGGUAAUAUUGUCUCCGAUGAUCUGGGAAGAGAAUCCCAUGGUAAGUGGUUUUGAACUAGGCAAAAUGCUCAUGUGUUUGGUUCCCAAAGCAUUUGUAACCCAGGCCCUACAGAAGAUCUCUCCUAGCUAAUCCUGUGCUAUGGGAAAUGCAGCCGUUCAUGACACGGAUGUUGAGGAAAUAGAAGUGGAGUUUUUGUCAAAUUUAUCCUUUGUAGGUUCUAAAGAUGUGUAUAAAAUAAAACCAGUGUUGAAAAUGUAA